CAAGAGAACAAAGCUUAUCUGAUGAAGAAAAAAUUUUUCUAGAUUGUACAAGUCCCACUACAAUGCAAAUAGAUAGCAUAGACAAAAAGCAACAUCAGGAAAGUAGUACAAAUAUCAAUGCUAAACUAUCUUAUAUAGAAGAUGCAGCUCCAACUGUAGAAAUUAGCAAUAUCGAAUUAGAACCUCAAGGCAAUCCCCAUAA